AGGAUUUCAAAAAAGUAAAACUUUUUGAAGACACUUAUCUAAAUAGUUUUUAUUCAUAUGAAAAAUUUGAUGACAUUAAUGAAAUAAAUAUAUUUAAAGUAGGAAAGACUACAGGUCUUACUUUUGAAAAAUUAGUUCCUAUUUAUUCUUUUAUUUUUAUUAAUCUAAGAAAUGAAAACAUUGAAUUUACAGAAAA